AUGUCUAUACCAGUAUGUCACGGUCAAGAUCAGAUUCUAUCACUCGUAGAUGAAGAUCAAGAUAAAGUGGUUACAGAUGGAAGUCGUCAUAUCUCGUCAAAUGAUUCUACCUCCUCUUCGGCGCCCUCGCGUUCGGUCUCCUUGAUGGUUGGGUCGCGGUCAAAUACAUGGAUGAUUCGCCCCCUUGCGCUUCCCUCUCUCACCUGCCUCUUCAGGUCCUCCCAGUCAUCUUCGUCGCGCACCAAAAAGCCGAUAAGCAUGCUGGGAUCCAUCUCGCGGAUGUGCAGUCGUCGAAGGCGCCGCGUGUGGUACGUCGACAGCUCUUCGGGGCUGUACGGAUGGCUCUCCUCGUCCCCGGUUGAUUCGGCGCGUGGAGUCAGGCAGGGCCGCGUCUGGUGCGGGUCCAGGUAG